AUAGUAUCCCGUCAUUCGCAUGCGUCGGAGCAUUUCGUCCGCCAUUUGCAUGUAUUAGAUGCCGGCUUAGUGACAGUUUGGUAUUGAAGAGAGUUUGCUUGGUUUACAAGAACUUGCAGAUGUCCAGUGAUAAUAUUUCCCCACCAGCUAAACGAGCUCGUAUUGAACCUAACGACGCUGCCAACUGUGUCAAUUCCGGUAGUGCAUCUUGCAGUGGCGGAGACAUGGAUAGGAAUGGAGCUGUUGAAAUUGAUGAAAGUCUCUACUCACGCCAACUGUAUGUCCUCGGGCACGAGGCCAUGCGGAAGAUGGCUCAUUCAAAUGUGCUUGUUUCUGGUAUGCGUGGUUUGGGCAUUGAGAUUGCAAAAAAUGUGGUGCUGGGUGGAGUAAAGUCUGUGACAAUCCAUGACUCAGGCAAAGUGGAGUGGAUUGAUCUUUCCUCUCAGUUUUUUUUGCGGGAGGAAGAUCGGGGUAAGAACAGGGCAGAAGUAUCACAGCCUCGCCUUGCUGAGCUCAACAGUUAUGUCCCUGUCAGCAGUAACUCUGGCAACUUGGAUGAAGCAUUUUUGUCCCAGUUCCAAGUGGUUGUGCUAGCAAACUCCUGUUUGGAUGAACAGAUACGAGUUGGAGAGUUUUGCCAUUCUCGAAACAUCAAAUUCAUCGUAGCAGAUACACGAGGUCUUUUUGGGAAAAUAUUUUGUGACUUUGGCAGCAACUUUGUAGUAAUAGACCCUGAUGGCGAACAGCCAGUUUCCUGCAUGGUGGCAGACAUUGAAAAGAGUCUUGAAGGUGUUGUGGCAACUGUUGAUGAGACAAAACAUGGCUUGGAAGAUGGCGAUUAUGUCACUUUCUCAGAAGUGCAAGGAAUGGUUGAGCUGAAUGGCUGCAAGCCUAUCAAGAUCAAAGUCUUAGGACCAUACACUUUCAGCAUUGGUGAUACAAGAGGCUAUUCAAACUACAUUCGAGGGGGAAAUGUGGUCCAAGUGAAAAUGCCGAGAACUUUGAACUUUAAAUCUAUCCAAGAAGCUGAAAAGGCCCCUGACUUCCUGCCAUCAGACUUUGCCAAGUUUGAGAGACCAGCACAGCUGCAUGUGGCAUUCCAAGCACUCAAUGAAUAUGUUAAAAGGAAUGGGGAGCUGCCUAAACCACGCUGUGAGGCAGAUGCAGAGGAAUUCCUCAAGGUGGUGGCUGACGUAAAUGCUAAAGCUGAAGCCAAGGUGGAAGAGGUGGAUGCUGACUUGAUGAGGGAGUUUGCAUACAGUUCCAGUGGGGACAUCUGCCCAAUGCAAGCAUUCAUUGGAGGUAUCACAGCACAGGAGGUCAUGAAGGCAUGUAGCGGCAAGUUCACACCACUGCAGCAGUACCUGUACUUCGAUGCGCUUGAAUGUCUGCCUGAGGAUAAGUCUGUCCUUACAGAGGAAGCUUGCAAACCGCGUAACUCUCGAUAUGAUGGACAAAUAGCUGUCUUUGGAGAAGACUUUCAGCAGAAGCUGGGUGACUUGAAUUAUUUUCUGGUUGGAGCUGGUGCCAUUGGGUGUGAGAUGCUUAAAAACUGGGCUAUGAUGGGAGUGGCCUGUGGAGGAAAUGGCCUUGUUCAUGUCACAGACAUGGACCGGAUUGAGAAGUCCAACCUCAACCGUCAGUUCCUGUUCCGGUCCUGGGAUGUGCAGAAGUCAAAGUCUGCCACAGCAGCAGCUGCAGUAAAGGCUAUGAACCCUUCUAUUAAGGUCAAGGCCAAGGAGGACAGAGUAGGCCCUGAAACAGAAAGCAUCUUUACAGAUGAGUUUUUCGAGAGUUUGGAUGGUGUGGCCAAUGCUUUGGACAACGUAGAUGCUCGCAUGUACAUGGACAGACGAUGUGUGUACUACUGUAAGCCCUUGCUUGAAUCAGGUACCCUAGGCACUAAAGGAAACGUGCAGGUCGUCAUCCCAUAUGUAACAGAGUCAUAUUCAUCUUCACAAGAUCCACCUGAAAAGUCGAUACCUAUAUGCACCCUGAAGAACUUUCCAAAUGCAAUUGAGCAUACUUUACAGUGGGCAAGAGAGGAAUUUGAAGAGAAAUUUGUUCAGCCCUCAGCAAAUGCUGUACAGUACCUAAAUGACCCCAAGUUUAUUGAAAGGACUUUAAAACAGCAAGGAUCGCAACCUGUGGAAGUUCUGGAUUCUGUAAGGAAAGCCUUGGUGGAUGAGUACUACACAUCUUUUGAGCAGUGUGUGGAGUGGGCCAGGAACUUGUUUGAAGCAAACUAUAGCAACCAGAUCCGCCAGCUUCUCUUUAACUUCCCACCCGACCAGAUGACCAGCUCAGGAGCCCCUUUCUGGAGUGGUCCGAAGCGAUGUCCACACCCACUUGUAUUUGAUGUCAACUCUGAACUUCAUAUAGAUUACAUCGAAGCAGCUGCAAACCUCAAGGCAUACAUGUGUGGGCUACCUGCCUGCCGAGACCGUGAUGCUAUUGUCAAAAUGGUGUCUAACAUAGUUAUACAACCAUUCAUACCAAGGUCAGGGGUCAAGAUUGAUGUCAGUGAUGCUGAGGCACAGGCCCGGCAGUCAGACAAUGUGGAUCGAGAUGCACUGGAGAGGGUCAGGGGCAUGCUGCCACCUCUGGAGUCACUGAGGGACAGAAAGAUUAAUGCUAUUGAGUUUGAGAAGGAUGACGAUACUAACUUCCACAUGGACUUCAUAACAGCAGCCUCCAACUUGCGGGCUGAAAAUUACAGCAUUCCUCCUGCUGACAGGCUCAAGAGCAAACUGAUUGCAGGACGCAUCAUCCCAGCUAUUGCAACAACUACUGCGAUGGUUGUUGGACUUGUGGGGCUUGAAAUGAUAAAGCUGAUUCAGGGACACACAAAUGUAGAGCGGUUCAAGAAUGGUUUUGCCAACUUGGCUUUACCCUUCUUUGCUUUUUCUGAGCCAAUCAAGGCUCCAAAGUCAAAGUACUAUGACAAGGAAUUUACACUUUGGGACAGAUUUAUUGUUCAAGGAGAAAUGACUCUUCAGGAAUUUCUUGAUUACUUCCAGAAUGAAUACAAGCUGGAGAUCACGAUGCUGUCUCAAGGAGUCUGUCUGCUGUACUCAAACUUUAUGCAGACAGCAAAACAAGAGGAGCGCAAGAACCUUCCCUUAUCGGAGCUGGUGAAGAAGGUGUCAAAGAAAAAGAUCCCUUCGUAUGUCAAUGCUUUGGUACUGGAGAUCUGCUGUGAUGAUGAGAAUGGUGAAGAUGUAGAGGUGCCUUUCGUCAAGUAUGUGUUGCCAAAAUAAUGAUCAUACAUCUUAGUGAUUGUAAGUUGGACAGUACAGGAGUAUGGCAUGGGUGAGCAUUCGCAUGUAGAGACCUAUCUUGCUAAGACCUUACCAUUGCUGGAGUAUGACUGCACCAGACAACUACUGACCAGGACCAGCUUUUUCCUGACCUUUGCAAUGAAGACCUAACCCAAGAGGUUAUUGCAGUGCAGUUAUCAUCAGCUCAUUAUGAGAGCUGACAAGGAAGCUUGAUGUCUCCCUUUUGUAUAGCAACCACAUUAAAGAUGUCUGAGCAGUUUGUUUUCUCUACUGGUGUGUGUAUGAAUGUGCAGGUAUUGCUUAGGGUCAAGUGAAAGCAUAUUUAUGCGAAGUGAACAGUAUCUGAUUGCAUGAAAAUAAGCUGUGCUUGAAUCUAGAAAAUAAGGUGCAAAAGAGAAGAUCUUUGAACUGUCAAAACUUGGUUCAUCAUUCUUUUUAUAUAACAUUCAGAGGCUUCAGAAGCUUCCUUUAUGUCAUAAUGAUGAGCAAGGAAAGCAAACUUUAUAUAUUGUAACCUGAUGACAAUGAACUCUUAAAAGCUACAUAAGGUCUAUUUCAGUCUGUUUUUUGGAUGUGACAUUACCUUGAAACAUUUCAUGUGCUAACUGAUUUGUCACUAGUUGUAGUCAUGAACAAAAUCCAAGUUUGAAUAUGGAUCUUAAUACUUAAUGAUGUUGCUUGAUGUUUUGUUCUUGGUAAAUCAUUAACAAUCCAGAUUCAUAAAUUCUAAGUCAACAGAUUGGCAUUAUCAUUGUCACCCAUACCUGUUUUUUUUUUUUGGUGGAGGGGAUGGGGUUUGUUGAUGUUCAAAAUGUUCUGAAGUUGUAGGUCAUUAUUUUAAAGUAAAUUUGAAGAAGCUGCAUAGUGUGCAAUUUUAAGGUUACAUUUUUAUUUUUGAAAAUUUAUUAAACAGGGUUUGAGAAAAGAUGCUAAUGGGUCAUGUUUUUGAUGUUGCAGACAUAUAUUUCUGUUUUUGUGUGGGGGUUGGGUGAGCACUAAAAAGCCUAUUUUGGAUUAAUCAACAUAAAUAUUAUCAGGGCUUCUGCUUACGCAAAAAAUUGCAUACAAUACGCAUUAAAAGUUCGGAGGACCCCUUCAAUUUUCAUCAAUGGGGUCCCCUUCAAAUUUGGGCGAAGAAUAGGGACCCCUUAAAAAUCUGAAGAAGGGGUCCCUGGGAUCCCAAAGAAUUUAGCCUUAGCAUAAUCCCUGAUUAUGUACCACUAUGCAGCCUGGUUUUGAUCAUUUCCUAGCAUUACUCUAGCAAAGUCUGUCAUGAGUCUAUGAUUCAAAUUCUGGGCAAUGCCUAUGUUCAAAACUUCCUGGUGAUGAAUUCAUUGGUAGACGAUUGCAACUGGCAGCAUAGCAUUUUGUGGAAAAUAGAUUCUGAGCAAAGCUAUGAGUGUGGCUGUUAUUGGCCUUAAGUGAGAAAUGCCUCUUUGAUUGUAUGCAUACAGAAAUUGUUUUAGUUUUUUUUUUUUUCAUUCCAAAUUUUGAAAGGAUGUUAUCCAGGUACAUUCUGCUAGUAAGAACUGAUCAGCCUAACACUAAUGUGUCAGCUGUUCUGCAUAUGCUGAAACUGCCAUUGUACCUCUUUUUUUUAAUUAAGCUCACACUACUUGUGCAUUGUAACAAUUGUUUUGAAAAUGAGGCAGAGGCAAUAACCAAACCAAAAAAAAAAUUAUUUAACUUUCAAGAUUAGAAAGACAUGUAAGGAGCUAUUUGGAUGUAAAUCUUGCAGCUGUGAGGUGAAGGUGAGACAGUUCACUUUGUGUUCAGCGGACAGCACCUUCACUGAAAACCAAGACUAAUGCAUGUCUGAACAUUCAUGUUGGGUUUAUUUUGUACCCGUUAAAGUGGCAUUUAUUUUGGAAAGAGCAUUCCAAGUUAUGUAGGCUUAUCCCUUGAAAGCAGGGUUAAAAAUAAUGUUAAUCUGAUGUUUCAUGUCAUUUGCAGAUAAAUGUUGUGAUUCAUGAGAAAGUCAACUGCAAAAUUAUUUCAGCUUAUGAAAAAUAUGUGUGGGAUAUGCAUGCUAAAGAAUUUGUGUGAGAUGUGCUAAUAGCCUGUUGUCACUAAAUCUGUACAGAAGAAAUAAACAGUGCUGUUGGUA